CACAGGUGGGGCCGCUGGGGGCGGAGACUGCGCAUGCGUGCUCCGCGCGGCUUUCGCUGUCACUUCCGGCUGUUUGUCCGGGAAGCGGAUUCGUUCGGAGCUGAGCGCGCGGACCCCGGGGACCCGGCCCACCAGCUGUACACCAGGCCGCCGCCAUGGCCCGGGACUACGACCAUCUCUUCAAACUGCUCAUCAUCGGAGACAGCGGUGAGAGCGGGGUGCAGGGCGGGGGGCCAGGCCGGACGGGGAGAGUCCUCUGGGUCAGUACCGGAAAGGAGGACAAUGGGAGUGGGCUGCACAGCAUCGGCAGCGCCACAAGUCCGUCCGGCUUCUCCCACACAAAUCACAGCGGUAUAAAUGGCCAGGCCUGUCCGUGACAGCCACUGCCCAUUACCGUCUGAUAGCCCCUGUAACGGCCCCCUGGACAGCCUGUCCGUGACAGCCACUGCCCAUUACCGUCUGAUAGCCCCUGUACCGGCCCCCUGGACAGCCUGUCCGUGACAGCCACUGCCCAGUCUGAUGGCCCCUGUACCGGCCCCCUGGACAGCCUGUCCGUGACAGCCACUGCCCAUUACCGUCUGAUAGCCCCUGUACCGGCCCCCUGGACAGCCUGUCUGUGACAGCCACUGCCCAUUACCAUCUGAUAGCCCCUGUACCGGCCCCCUGGACAGCCUGUCCGUGACAGCCACUGACCAUUACCGUCUGAUAGCCCCUGUACCAGCCCCCUGGACAGCCUGUCCGUGACAGCCACUGCCCAUUGCUGUCUGAUAACCCCUGUACCGCCUCCUUGGACAGCCUGUCAGUGACAGCCACUGCCCAUUACCGUCUGAUAGCCCCUGUACUGGACAGCCUGUCCGUGACAGCCACUGCCAUUACCGUCUGAUAGCCCCUGUACCAGCCCCCUGGAGUCCGUGACAGCCACUGCCCAUUACCGUCUGAUAGCCCCUGUACCGGAUGGCCAGACAGCCUGUCCGUGACAGCCACUGCCCAUUACCGUCUGAUAGCCCCUGUACCGGCCCCCUGGACAGCCUGUCCGUGACAGCCACUGCCCAUUACCGUCUGAUAGCCCCUGUACCGGCCCCCUGGACAGCCUGUGGACAGCCUGUCCGUGACAGCCACUGCUGCCAUUACCGUCUGAUACCGUCUGGACAGCCUGUCCGUAGCCACCUGUAGCCCCUGUACCGGCCCCCUGGACAGCCUGUCCGUGACAGCCACUGCCCAUUACCGUCUGAUAGCCCCUGUACCGGCCCCUGGACAGUGACAGCCACUGCCCAGUCCGAUAGACUGUGCCCCUGGACAGCCUGUCCGUGACAGCCACUGCCAGUCUGAUAGCCCCUUGGACAGCCUGUCGUGACAGUUCGGCCCCCCCCUGGACAGCCUGUCCGUGACAGCCACUGCCCAUUACCGUCUGAUAGCCCCUGUACCGGCCCCCUGGACAGCCUGUCCGUGACAGCCACUGCCCAGUCUGAUGGCCCCUGUACCGGCCCCCUGGACAGUCUGUCUGUGACAGCCACUGCCCAUUACCGUCUGAUAGCCCCUGUACCGGCCCCCUGGACAGCCUGUCUGUGACAGCCACUGCCCAUUACCAUCUGAUAGCCCCUGUACCGGCCCCCUGGACAGCCUGUCCGUGACAGCCACUGACCAUUACCGUCUGAUAGCCCCUGUACCAGCCCCCUGGACAGCCUGUCCGUGACAGCCACUGCCCAUUGCUGUCUGAUAACCCCUGUACCGCCUCCUUGGACAGCCUGUCAGUGACAGCCACUGCCCAUUACCGUCUGAUAGCCCCUGUACCGCCCCCCUGGACAGCCUGUCCGUGACAGCCACUGCCCAUUACCGUCUGAUAGCCCCUGUACCGGCCCCCUGGACAGCCUGUCCGUGACAGCCACUGCCCAUUACCGUCUGAUAGCCCCUGUACCGGCCCCCUGGACAGGCCUGUCCGUGACAGCUACUGCCUAUUACAGUCAGCCUCUGUAUCGGCCCCCUGGACAGUCUUUCCGUGACAGCUACUGCCCAUUACCAUCUGAUAGCCCCUGUACCGGCCCCCCUGGACAGCCUGUCCGUGACAGCUACUGCCCAUUACUGUCAGUCUCUGUACCAGUCCCUGGACACCCUCUCAGUGGGAGCUCCCUACUGCGUCUGUGAGCCGGCUAAUAGAGUUUCUUAUCUAAACCUGACCCCAAGAGCUUGCACUCUAGCAUAUCCUGCCGCUAGGGUUGUCAGACCCACUUUGGUUUGCUUGAAGCCUUCUUUCUGUGUGCAGUACAGGAAGCAUGCUGCCCCGCUGUGUGUAUACUUCAUGUGGGGCAGUAAUUAAAUCGCUGUAUUAAUGUACAAGUUCCUUCCUGAUUCAUUUGCGUUCUACAUACUACUAGGCAGCACUUUUCAUGCCUGACAUGGUACAUAUUGCAAAAACUAGUUAUAAUAAUCUAGAUUAACAAAAAGAGUCCUAUAGGACUAUGUGUCACCUUUAUAGCCAUAAUCCAACAUUAUGGCACUCCUGGUUUUGCAAGGGAGAAGGGGAAACCGCAUUGGAUUGAGUCUUUGGAAAGCAUUUCUGUAAAUUAUGCCAGCUAUUCCUUCAAUUAAUUAGAUACUCUUUAAAACCUGUGCUGUUCACUGUUCUUUACACUUAAACCUUAGCUGUAUUUUGCCAAGUUAGGCACUUGGGAGAUUAUGCACACCCAUGUCAACCAGUAUCAUUACUGAAUGUUUCCAUUUAGAUUUGCUAUGUCACUCAGUAUGUUUACAUGUACUUUAACUAGCAUUUACAGUUUGCGAAGUAUAGCAAGUAAGGAAUUCUAAAAAAUGCUGACCCUGUGUGUGUGUGGUGGUGGUGGUAAUAGUGCUAAUGUUAUAACUAAAAUAUUGUGUAAGUAUUUACAUUUACAGCAAAUUGAAUGGUUUGCUAAAUUGCUAGUUAGAAUUUGGUUUGUGAUAUAAUGUAAUGCUGAGUGUUUCUGUUAAGAUUUAGGAAUUCUUUGUAUCCUGGAGAGCAUUUAAUAUGUAAAUAUAUACAUUUGAAACAUCUGAGGAAGUGAAAAUGAAACCUCCACUUUUAUCACAGCUUAUUUUAGGCAGAUAUUUUCAGGAAUUCUAAAUCAGCAGAAUUAUUUAUUUUUCUUUUAAAACUGAGGAUAAAAUGUAAUAAGUUUUGUGAAUAGAUACAUUUACUAUUGAAAAUUAGUCUCUCUUUUGUCCACUCUUAUUUAAUAAAUGUCUCUCACCUUCCUUUUUGUCUCAAUGCUUGAGCAGUUGAGGCAACCUGAAGAGGGACCCUGAUAACAAAAUCUACCCCCUUACACACACACAUCCUUUUAUGGUGCAAAGAGUCACCUGGCGCUGUCAGUGGUAAACAGUAAAACUGCUCAUGGGUCUCAACCAGUGUGUAAUAUCUCAAUUUAGUAUGAGCUGGUAUGAUAAUGUGAUAUAAUUCAACUCAGAUCAGUGCCUGACAGAUCCAGGUAAGUGUCAUUUUACUGUUGGAUGCACCUUGAGUCUCUUGACACCCUAGCCACUACAAUGUUCUGUAGUGAUUUGGGUACUUAUAAACAAAUAUACCCUGCUAUUCUCAUGUUCAGAUCCAUAGUUAUGUCCUCUUUCUCAGUGAUAUGGUGCUAACAUGAAUAUGCCAGUUGACCCCUCCUCCCAAUUUACGUACAUACAGUCCCCUGAAAAUGAAUCCUUUACUACUCAAUACAGAUCCCCACAUUGCCCUGCAAUUAACCCCAUGCAAACUAGAACCUUAUAUUUCCCCAAUUAAACUUCUCCAAGUCCUCAACUUACAUUGAUGAAAGUUGUAUUCCUAGCACUAUACUUCCCUUUGCCCCCUUCCCCUUGCUGAGGAUGUCCAUCAUCAGGCACCCAAAACUGGCCUAGCAAGCGGGAAGUGUCUGGCAGCAGUCUUGGUACUGAAAUGUAAUUAUUGCAGUUUCUCAGAAACUAACAUUUCAGGGUUAAGGUAACCGGGUCACUGCACCCAGAUCACUUCAAUGAGCGGAAGUGUUCAUGGUGCCUAUAUUAUCCCUUUAACCCCUUAAGGACACAUGACAUGCGUGACAUGUCAUGAUUCCCUUUUAUUCCAGAAGUUUGGUCCUUAAGGGGUUAAAGGAACACUAUAGUCACCUAAAUUUACUUUAGCUAAAUAAAGCAGUUUUAGUGUAUAGAUCAUUCCCCUGCAAUUUCACUGCUCAAUUCACUGUCAUUUAGGAGUUAAAUCACUUUGUUUCUGUUUAUGCAGCCCUAGCCACACCUCCCCUGGCUAUGAUUGACAGAGCCUGCAUGAAAAACUGGUUUCACUUUCAAACAGAUAUAAUUUACCUUAAAUAAUUGUAUCUCAAUCUCUAAAUUGAACUUUAAUCACAUACAGGAGGCUCUUGCAGGGUCUAGCAAGCUAUUAACAUAGCAGGGGAUAAGAAAAUCUUAAACAGAACUUGCUAUAAAGAAAGCCUAAAUAGGACUCUUUACAGGAAGUGUUUAUGGAAGGCUGUGCAAGUCACAUGCAGGGAGGUGUGACUAGGGUUCAUAAACAAAGGGAUUUAACUCCUAAAUGGCAGAGGAUUGAGCAGUGAGGCUGCAGGGGCAUGUUCUAUACACCAAAACUGCUUCAUUAAGCUAAAGUUGUUCAGGUGACUAUAGUGUCCCUUUAAUCAUUUAUAAAGUGCCCAAGAUAUAUCCCGUCUGCAACACCUGAAAGACUCCUCAAACUUUGUUUCUACUAGGUUAAAUGCUGAUGGUGUUGUGAAUCUGUAUAUGCAGCAAUUUUGUUAGAAACGUUGCACAUAUAGUUAUUUGCACUGUUGUGUCGGGGGCUAGUUGCACCUUCAGCACACAUGACUUAGGAAGCCUGGAGCUCUGUUCCUGGUUGCCUAAUGUUAAUUCUGUGCAUGAAAAAAGUUUUGAAUUUUUUUUUUUUUCUUUCAUUUUUUUGGUCAUGCAGAUUUGACAAAAGGACACCUGGUAUAUCUAGAUCAGGGGUAGGCAACCUACGGCACUAGUGCCAUGCACGGCACUCGAGGUGUGUUUGCACGGCACUCAAGGCUGCUAGAGCCAAACAGGCUCUGGCCUAUCAGGAGUCCCAGUAAAACUUCAGAUAUCUGCUAAUACGAAAAGGUGGUGAAGGGCAAUCCUCAAUUUAUGCAUUGCAGCACAUAGAGUAAGUGAUUUCAGAUCACUUACUCCCAGCACUUAUGAAUGGGAAUUCACACUGUAGUAGAGCAGCCCGCAGCUGCUGUUGCAGCUCCUGUCCUGUACCUGGCCAGCCUGGUCCCCACUGGAACACAGGGAAGCCACCCACACUGCUAGAUAUACACAGUAAUGCAGAAUAAGCCUCCCCUCAUACAAGUAACACAAACAGCCCACACACAAACACAAAACACAAUCUGCACAGACGUAACCCGCUAACAAUCCACAUACAUGCACACAAUCUCACAUGCAAUACCCCAAACAGCCCCCACACAUACACACACUACCAAACAAACAAUGUGACAUAUCCAUCCACACAAUUCCACAAGCAGCCCCCAUACAUAGCACACAUUCAUGGGUAUCAGACACAACACCACAAACUACUUGUAAACAUAUACAAUAUAAUAGCUCAUAUACGCACAAAUACAACAAUAUAAAGCAGUUACAGUAUAAAUAACACAAGCAGAAUAGAGCAGCAUACACACCUCAAUUUAAAAAAAAUAGGACCGGCAUGCUACGGGACAUCACAAUCCUAUAUCGGCAAAGUGCUGCUAAAAGGUUGCCUACCCCUGAUCUAGAUUAAGAUGGAGCUUUUUGUCAGAUUUGUGGAUGACCUAAUUGCAAAAUAAAGUUUAGGCUAUGAGGUUAAUUCACUACUCUAAAUUUUAGCAAAUUGAAAGCAAAUGAACAAAUUUAGGCUAAAAUAGCUGAUCAAAAAGAUUCUCCAACUUGGCUAUAGUCACAUCUUGGGUGUUUUAGCCUAGAUUUUGCCUUUUGAAUCUAAUUCACACAGUUCAACAUAUUGUGAAUAAUCGUGUAUUUGCUCAGGUAAUUUUUAUUUUUAUUUUUUUUUAAACAUACCAUUUUUUAUUUUUUUGAUUCAUAUUGCAGGGAUGUUGAAUUUGUUUUUCCUGACAGGCAGUGUUUUUGGCAUUUAGCUCUGCUGUAUGCCAGUGGCAGGUCUGCUAUGGGAAGUAUGUGUCAGGGUUGCAAAUGUGGGAGGCCUUUACCUUUUGCGGGUUCAUACCUCAGCAAUUGCUCUUUCCCUCGCAGUCGGGCUCUUUCCAGUGAGUAAGAGCGCAGCUGCUGGGAUUCCCAGCAUGCACUUUCUCACUGAGCACCGGAACUACGAGGAGUGAUUACGGAGGUUUGAACCUGCCGGAGGUAAAGACCUCAAACUCGCAGCCCAGACAGGAAACUUCUUAGAUGUACAGUGGACUGGAAGGUAUUGUUCUUCCACCACAGAUUUCUAAUUUUCCACCCCAACCAUGCCCACAACACACAUUUCAGGAUAGAAAUACAUAAUUUUGCUAAUUAAAUCAGAAUGUUAAAAUUCCGCCAGAAAUAUGUAGUUGUGAUUUGAAGUUUUUGUUCCAGAUAAGCUUUUUUUGCCUCAGUUUUUCCAUAUGGUUUUAAAUGGUGACUCUAACCCCCAAGACCCCUUCAGUGAUUUGAAGUGAUUAUGGUUGUAGGAGUCUGUAAUUCAUCCAGAUGUAUAUUACCUUUUGUGCCAGGCACAUGUGACUUUGGCAGGCUGGAACUCUGUUAUGGACUGCCAAGUGUCAAUUCUGUGCAUAUUUUAUGCCGGCAGUUAGUUCGCACAGCAUUGCUCACCCACUUCCCUCUGUGCGUCCCUCUGCCUCCCUCUGUUAGAGCCGAUUUUUGGUUUUUAAUAAAAAAUCGAGAAGCCUGUUAUUGAACAAUAAGGGCUGCCUUUAUGCUUGUUGGAUUAGGGAGAUCAGCGCCGAGAGCUUCUCUUAGAUUAUAGGUAAGUUAUUUAAAAGAAAUAAAACAACCCUGUUUGAGGGUGGUGGUGACACCUAUCUAGAUAUGACCAAUAGGGCAUUAUGAGGUUAGAAAAACACCACUUAUUUAGGUUGCCAAUGUCCAGGGUCCCCAUCAACCGGGUGCAUGCAUUACCCAUUUCAGAAUUAAUGUCUUGGCAUGCUCUAAUAUAAUAUUUAAAUGUUUUAGACUGACUAGUGCAUCUUAAAAAGAUGGUGCAUGGACACAAGUGCUGUGGUGGAAGGUGUUUUUUGUUGUUUUUUUAACUUUAUUUUUAUCGUGUAACGUAACAUCUUACGAUGCCACAACAGCAUUAGUAAGUAGGUUAAUAACAUAGAAGUUCACAUAUGUGGUACUGAGGUUACGGCACAUUUUACAAUAUUAUUAUUGAUGGCAACUCUGUUUUGCUACGUUAGUGUUUCUACAACGUAAAGUACAGGCUUAAGCAUGUUAAAUUAGCUGGCAUUCGAAUUAAACACAGGCAUGAGAGUAAAUUCAAACAGUAAUGUCAACUGGUGCUCUGAGUUCUGGCAUAGUUGGGCACUGAGUGAUAAGAAAUUUGGUAGCCCAGGCUAUGUGAGGUCAACGUGAAUUGGCUUAGAUUUCGGCGUUAGCCGAGUUAGUCAUUGAUAUGGUUAGUCGUUCUCAGUUUGUGUAUGUGAGUGCGUGUGGUCUGCAGUGUCUAUGCUUGUGUCCCCCAAGGUUUCCCUGAGUGGUGUGUACCUUUGUCUGGUCGUUGCUUAAAUGGGUGUAGGUGAUUGGGCUAAGGCUUGCUACUGCCGCAAAGCAAUAGGAGCGUGUGUGAUGGGUCAGCCAUAUCAUGUGUGGUACGUCUCCCCUAAGGGGGUUACUGUCCCACUGUCGAAGUUGUUAGCCGAUGCCUUAAGGGGUCUUUGCGGCGUCUUGGUGUGACAGGUUUAUUUCAGGGUCGCCUGGUGAGUAGUAUGGAUUCCCGGGCUGGGACUUGUGCGGAUCGGUGUAGGGAUGGUGUAUCGCUUUCAGCCGGGUUAGGCUUUACCUUCUGCCGUCUGUUUGGGCUGUCUGGGUGUGCCUUCCCGCCGGCUGAGGGUUCUGUGCGUGGGGACUGCAGUAGGGCCUCCAGCCUCUCCCAGACUGCCCUGAACAUGCGCUCGUACCUGAGCUCCCUGUCCCUUCUGAUCUCGCACCUAGAAGUGGUGUGUGAGCCUGCCGCCAUUUUGUUUUCUCCGCAUGUGGCCUCUGGAAUGCGUGGUCCUGACUCUUGGGUAUGGCUGAUCGUGUGAGGGAGGACCGGGAUAUCCCCCGCCGGUCCAUGGGAGGGGAGCGAGGGCUCUGAGUCUGCUUUUCCGUUGUUCUGGGCAUCAGGAGAGCGGCCAUCUUUCCCGUGGCCGCCAUGCUAGUAGGCCUAAUUGCUGCGUCGGGCGUCGAUCGGGUCGGGUGUCACUUGUGGGGUAUAAUUCUGUCUGCCCCGACUUCCCCCUUCGUUUGGUGGUUGUAGCUUGGCGUUUUGGUGCCGUUUCAGCAGCUUAAUGUCGCUUUUGCUGAAGCUGGUCGCAGGAGCUGGUAAGGAUUGCUUCCGCUCAGCUCUGCGGUCCAGCCCCGCCCCCCGGAGGAAGGUGUUUUUUAUACUUACCUCUGCUGUACAUUUUACCACAGUGGUUCACAAUGACCACCUCAGUGUUUUGAAGUGGUCAUGGUGCCUCAUGUCUCUAUGGCAGUGUUUUGCAGUGACAUAUUGACAGCGUCACACUGGCAGCGUCACACCUCUGGGGUUUCAUUAGCUAGUCUGGAACGAGGGUUCUGGGUUGGCUAAAGUCAAUUAUGUGCAUAUUGCUAUGCACAGAUGCUCAUUCAUUGGCUGACACACUUAGCCAGUGAAUGAGCGUCAGGAUCAGCUUCUGCAGAAGCCAGAUUUCACAAGCCUGCUUUACAGGAGACAUGACACCCAGUGAUGAUGCAGGUAAGAGGACAAACCAUUGCAGAAUGCUAGGUUAUGGUGGUUGCAAUAACCCUUUAAUUAGUGCUUAUUGGUAUUAGGAACUCUUCCUUAAUUCUUCUUUAAUCGUGAUCUUUCUAUAUUUGGAUGUGUUUAUCUCCAGGUCCUAAACUAAACAGUGGAAUUAAUUGUAGCAUUAAAUGACUACAUUUUGCUGAUUGUGUGUGUGUGCGCUCUGGUACUAAUGUGACUGUGUUAAGAUUACAAGAGCAAUAACAUUUAUUGCAGUUUUAGUGUAGAAUAUACACAAUUUGUUCAUAUAGGUAAAGUAGCAAAGACCAUUGAGAAUAUUUUGUGCACAUAUCACUGUAGUAUUUAUUUGGGGAAAAAAUGUUUCAGAUUCAGAUAUACUUUCUGCAUGCUAUUUUAUUGUUUGUGUUACUGCAUAAAAUAGUAUAAUUUGGAUGUUUCUGGUAUUAGGCAGCUAGUCGUUACCCAACACUGAAAAGUUCCAUAGCAGUAUGAGCUUGAAGAUUUACAAGCUGUUUUCAUAGCUUAACCACUUAAGGACACAUGACAUGUGUGACAUGUCAUGAUUCCCUUUCAUUCCAGAAAUUUGGUCCUUAAGGGGUUAAAGGAGCACUAUAGGGUCCGGAACACAAACGUAUGCCCGACCCUAUAGGGUUAAAACCACCAUCUAGCCACCCUGGUCCCCUCAAUAUAAAUCUUACUUGUAUUCAAGUCUGCAGCUGCAUGCUUUGUGCCUGUUUCCUUUAGACAUGUCCACUGCCUGUUGACAUCAUUAGAAGUGGUAGCCUGAUCCAAUCACAAUGUUUCCCCAUAGGAUUGGCUGAGACUGACAAAGAGGCAGAUCAGGGGCAGAUCCAGCACAAUUCAAACACAGCCCCGGCCAAUCAGCAUCUCCUCAUAGAGAUGAAUUGAAUCAAUGAAUCUCUAUGAGGAAAGUUCAGUGUCUGCAUGCAGAGGGUGGAGACACUGAAUGUUUGGGUGCAUUUUACGCAGCCAUGACCCAGGAAGGAUCUCUAACAGACAUCUGAGGAGUGGCUAGUGAAGUUAUCACUAGGCUGUAAUGUAAACACUGCAUUUUCUCUGAAAAGACAGUGUUUACAGCAAAAGGCCUGAAGGUAAUGAUUCUACUCACCAAAUUCAAUAAGCUAUAGUUGCUCUGGUGACUAUAGUGUCCCUUUAUGUUUUUGCAAGGCAAGUUUUCUGGGCAAUAUGAUUCCAAAAUUACUCCAUCCAUGUUUCUUGUGUGACUUACUGUGACUGUUAUUUUAUUAAUUUAAAGGGAUCCUAUAGUUACAGGAAAACAGCAAUUUUCCUGGCACUACAGGUUUAAAAGGUCCCCCUCCUGUGGGGCUGAAGGGGUCAGGCUCCACCAUCAGCCGUCGGGGGAGACCUCAUGCGCGGCAAUGGGCGCACACGCAUUAGACCUCUUCAUAGGAAAGCAUUAUUCAAUGCUUUCCUAUGAGGACUAUCUAAGGCUGGAGGUCUGAUGUUAAUGUGUUCUUUAUAAAGCUUUUUAAUGCUAUGGUUUAUUGGUCUCAAAUUUGGUAGUGGUUAAAUGGAUUGUGCCACUUUUACUGCCUCAAUAUUUAAAAGACCUUUUUUUUUUUUUUUUAAAUAAAAAAAACUCAUUGAAAAUUGGUCAAAUAUAAAACAAUGUUUUUGUUUGUGAGAAAUGCCAUUUUAUUGAAUGCUAUAUUUGAAUUACUAACUAAAUUAUAGAAAUUGCGUUCUGUCAAAAUCUAAAUACACAUGAUCAAUAAAUAUUUCAGUUGUUAGCAUUGCAAGCCAAUGAAUUGGUAGAGCCAUCUCCGUACUUGGUUUUAGUAACUUCUGACAAGUGGACUGGCAGAUCCUUCUGCAAUAGGUGCAUUCGUGGUUAAAUAUUUUUAUUUCAUUCAUACCGGCGGUAGUUCCACUGAUGAGUGUCUUGUGGAUCAUAACUUACAAAAGCAGCUGUUAAUUGUGACUAUUUUUCUUAGAUGGAAUUUGUGUUUUCAAAAAUGUUUUAAUUUAUGCCUUUCUUUGACUGGCAAUCAAACCGUUAAAGAGCAGAAUGUACAGUUGCUAGAUGGGCAACAUGUACAAUCUAUGAAUCUGAAUGUGUUCUCAGAAUGUAGGCUGCUGCUGGAAGCAGAAAUAAGCAUGUCUUCUAGUGAUGCCAAGCUCAAUUCUCAUACUCCAAUAACUGUAACAGGGCCCUUUAGGCAUAGAGUUGUUUAGAAUUUCAAGCCAAACACUUACUCUGUACUCCCACAACCAUGUUUACAGGUUACCAAGCAGUAGCAUAGCAGCAUUUUACAAGAAAAGCCAACACUAAAGAAACAAUCUAAUAAUUGUUCGGCUUGCACUGCUAUUGUUUAAGUGACCGUACACUAUGGCUACCCUCUAUGUUUUGUCUAUGAUUUUAAUCCAUCUAAUCUUUUAGAAUCUGCAACUCACUACUUAAAGGGACACUCCACUGUCCAAACACAAUAUUAAAAAAAUCACUGUUUAUUAGAUAUACCUCAAAAGGGAACAUACAUGCAUUUAGCUAUUCAUUUUUUCAUUGGGGUUACAUUUCUAAAACCUGCAUUUCUAGCGUUUGCUCUUUUGCAAGCCAUCCCCUUUUAACCCCACCCAGACUUCCCCAGCUGUCCAAUCACAUACUUCUCAAUGCAGGUCAAUGGCAAGUAUUUGCAAGACAGGUGAUGGGGGCAUCUGCAGCCUCUUGAGUUUAGCUCCACAGAGCUAACCAAGCCUGGAAGUAACAUUACCUGUUAUCUGUGAUUUAUAAAAGUGUCAAUUUCUAUAGAAAUCUGCACUUUUUGCAAAAUGAAGGAGGACACGCUCUUCACAUAUAAAGCUUUUCAGCUAAAAGUGCAUUAGGGGUCUGGAGUGCCCCUUUAAAUUCAACCAUAUAAAUGUCCUUAAGAGUACAUACAAUAGGCUAGUUAUAGAUGAGGUUUGUCAAGUCUAAACUUUACCACUGUUUUUUGAAACAUUUGGUUUUAUUUUAUUAAUAUACAUUUGCAGCCUAAAUACCCUUUGUGCUCUGCAUACACACUGCUUUUAUCUUCCACUUAACAUCUUGUAUGUAUUACUUAUAGGGACAAUAUAGUCACCAAAACAACAUUACGUGGAAUGUUCUACAUAAAUUGUUAGUAAAAAAAAAACUCAAAAAACUGACAUGAUUGUUGCUAUCUAGCACGAUGCAUUGUUUUCAGUGAGUACUAGCACUACAAUCUUAUUUUCUACUGUAAAAGAUUGUUUCAGAUUUAUGGGCAAAUUAACAAACUGAAAACAGAAUUGACUUGGAUAAUUUUUGACUGUUUUGGUCAUUUAUUUUGGAUUCAUGGCAAUUCUCUUUUUUUUUUUUUUUUUUUUUCAGGGAAAAGUUGGGAAAUGUUGCCGGUGGAAUGAUUUGUAAGGGAGUCUAAAUGUAUAGAUAAUACUAACUUAUAGUCGCCAGAUCAACUAAAGAUUAUUAUAUUUGUUCUGGUGAUAAGAAUAAUUUCCUUCAGGCUUUUUGCAGUAAACACUGUAUUUCAGUGAAAAUGCAGUGUUUACAUAACAGCCUAGAGAUACCUUCACUGGCCACUCCUCAGAUGGCUACUAGAGGUGCUGCAUGCAGACACUGAACUUUCCUCACAGAGAUGCAUUGAUUCAAUUCAUCUCUAUGAGGAGAUGCUGAUUGGCCAGGGCUGUGUUUGAAUCAUGCUGGCUCUGCUCCUGAUCUGCCUCCUUGAUAGUAUCAGCCAAUCCUACGGGGAAGCAUUGUAAUUGACUCACACCACCACUUCUGAUGAUGACAGCAGGCAGAUCAGGGGCAGAGGCUGCAGACUUGAAGCCAUGAUUUUACAAUAUUGAGGUACGCAAGGGGGAGUAGAUGGUGGUUUUAACACUAUAGGGUCAGGAAUACAUUAGUGUUGCUGACCCUAGAGUGUUCUUUUUCCAGGCGAGCCAGCAUACAGCUAAAUAAAGGCCAUUUAAGUGCCAUAACAAUUUUAGGAAUUUUCAAGUUGUCAUUAACCCCUUCAUGCCGUUACGGCGUUCUAUGCCGUCCCCAUUUAAAUGGGCUGUAAAGCCGUUGCGGCGGCAUAGGAUGCCGUAAUGGCUUGCAGCACCAGGGGGUGAGAUUUACUCACCUCCGCCGCGAUCCUCUUCUGGAGGGCUGCCUGGCAGCCCUCCCCCUGGCAAAUAAGGGCCCCCGGGGGCCAUGUGAUUGCUCUCAAAGAGCGAUCACAUGGCCCCCUACAGCUGGCUGAGGAUCUGCCAACAGGGGGAAUGUCUGGAAUGUCACAGUCCCCCUGCUGGUGGGGAGUAGUAAAAAAAAAAUCAUUAGACAUGUUUUUAAAAUAAAUGAAAUGUGUGUGUGUGUUUUAAUGUUAAUAUAAGUACAUAUAUUAGUAUUAAAAUACACUUAGAAUGACGUUACAUAUAUAUGAUAUAUAUAUAUUAUAUUUUCUAUUUAUAUAUACACGUAUAAUUACAAUAAUAAAUAAAAUAUAAAAAAAUUAUAUAUACAUAUGUAAUUUCAUUCUAACUGUAUUUUAUUAUAUAUAUAUAUAUGUGUAUAUAUAUAUGUAACAAAAUACACUUAGAAUGACAUUCUAUCUAUCUAUAUAUAUAUAUAUAUUUAUUUAUUUAUUUACAUAACUACAUAAGUGUUUGUGUAUACUUUAAAUACAUAUAUGUAUGUGUAUAUAUAUAUUAAAAUUCUACGUGUAUAUUAGGGUAAUAUUUUAACAUAAUUAUGUGAUUUAAUUAGUUAAAAUUUGAUUGACAUGCCCAACAACACAGGCAAUAAGUGCAGAGAAUUUUAAUUGCGAGCACUAUAUUUAACCCUGUAACUUUCCAGGACACCAUAAAACCUGUACAUGGGGGGUACCAUUUUACUUGGGAGACAUCGCUGAACACAAAUAUUAGUGUUUCCAAAUGGUAACUUGUAUUACAACAGUGAUAUUGUUAGUGAAAGUGACGUUUUUUGCAUUUUUUACACACGAACGGCACUUUUACUGACGAUAUUAUUGUUUUAAUAUGUUUUAGGUUACAUUACUAAUCUGGAAAAUUUCAAUGUGAAAAAACUGAAAAAUGGAAUGGGCUGUAUAUGACCCUUUAACUUUCCAAAACACUGUAAAAACUGUUAAUGGGGGCUACUGUUGUACUCGUGAGACUUUGCUGAAUCCAAAUAUGUGCUUUUUGUGCAGUAAAAGCUAACAGUAUUAUGACAUUUACAGCUAAAAUGUGAGGCAGAACUACAGAUUUAAAAAAUAAAUUAAAUUUCUCAGUUUUUUUGAUUUUAUUCAUAAUAGAUUGUUUCAUAUACAAAUAUUUGAUAUGAAAUUAAAGACCUGUUUCUCCUGAACAAACUGAUAUCUAAUAAGUGUGGGUGCAUAUAAUAUGAAUGAGGUAAACUAUGGGUGAACAGACAUAUAUAGCACAAAUUCCAGUUUUUGUUUACAUUUUGUUUUGAUCAGAACUAUUGACUCUGUCCUGAAGGGGUUAAACUACUAAAAAUAUAAACUGCUAUCGCUAUGGCUAUAAUCGCUAUAGUCAAUGAGCUAAGCCCUGCACUGCUGGGCUUAGUUUAGACAGAUCGGUUUUACACAGCUAACCCUUCCACAGCAUUGUUGCAGAAUGGCUGGCUAUAUUUUAAUUGAAAAAAAAUGUGUAAAGAAAUGUAUGUCAAAUCUAAAGAUUUAUUCUGAAAGUAUAUCUUGAAGGCAAUGGCUCGCUAAAUAUUCUUUCAAAAUUCAUAAUUUUCAGUUCUGUCUCACUGUUUGUCUCUUUUCUAAGUUUACCCACUGGUUCAUAGAGCACAAAAUCAGGGCUUGCUCUGUUUUUGAUUUAUAAAUCCAUAGAUAAAUAUUAAGCUUUUGGAAGUAUUCUUAUUAAUUUACUAAUGCUUCCUUUUCAGGUGUUGGAAAAAGCAGUUUACUUCUGAGAUUUGCUGACAACACCUUUUCAGGUGAGUUUCCAAUGUCCUCGCAUAAUUUAGUUUUUCUGAAAUGCAAGGUACUAGCUGCAUGUGCAAUAUGUUUGCCAAAUCUGCAGUGUUGGUAGUUUUACUCUUUGAUGAAACAAGUUAAAGGUAUCCCUUUCAAUUCUCUAAACCUCCAUUGUACACUUUUUAGUGUGCAUGAACACUGCAUCACUCUAUCCUUGGUGUCAAGCAGUUUGUUACUAUAGUUAGUUGAUGUUAUGUUUUUUGGUGCACAUGUAGACCUAAUUGACUCCAACAAGUAGGACUUUAAUUCACUCAAGACAAGUGAAUGCUUGAAAAUACUUUCCUCUUUGGGUCUCUGCAUUUUCAGUGAUAUGGUAUGAAUGUAUAGACAGAAUGUAUUUUAAAGGGACCGUCUAGGUGCCAUAACUACUGCAGUCUACAAAAAAAAUGUAUACUUGCGACUACCAGAGAUCCCAGGUGAGUGUCAAACGGUUAGACUACUUACCAUCGGAUGGUUUUACUGAUACCAGGCAUCAUAACUGCUACAGCUGGUUGUAUUGGUUGUGGUGCUUUGACUGCCACGUUAAAUGAGUUGUUUUAUUAAAGGAUAACUGUUGCGUUGAAAUGAACAGUUAUUGUCAAUUGGGGUGAAUGUGCUUUUUUAAAAAAAAAUUUAAUUUUUUUAUUUUAGGGUAAAAGGAAUAAAAGUAUCAAAAUAGUUAACAUAAAUCAGUGACAGUGUUGUAAUGGUGUGCAUGGUUCUAAUAUUCUAGUAUUUGUGUAGUAGUUAAUGGAAGAGGCUCUGCCUUUUCAUAUUUGAGGAGUGUAUAUCAAAUUAAAGCCUGUACUCCAAUAGUAGUUGGGCUUUCUGCUGAAUCUACUUGGACUACAGCAGCAAACCUUGGCACCACAAUUCUGAUAGCUUAUAUUUUUCCUUUAACCCAACAACUCCAAUCAUUUUAGCACAUAACUAUUGAGAAUAUCUGCAUUUUUUUUCUAAUUAUUCCAUUACAGCCUGAGAUUAAUGAGUAUUGGAUUGGCAUUUUCACUAACACUGCUGAGUUGCUAAAGAACAAGAAUGUGUGUAACCCCUCUGCUUUAAUAUCUGAAUGUGAGUCGCAAGGUUUUUACUACAUUUUCACCAUGAAUUUGAACACAGUGGCAUAGUGUUUAGCUUGAUUGGAUGUUCUUCUCAGCAUGUACUGUAUUGAUUUGUUUUGGUCUGUUACUUUUUUUUAUUUAUUUUUUUAUUGAUGCCAUUUGUUGAAUUAAUCUAGAGCUGCAGUUGAUACAGUGCCUUGCAAAAGUAUUCACCCCCUUGGCAUUUUUCGUGUUUUGUUGCCUCACAACCUGGAAUUAACAUUGAUUGAGGAUUUGCAUCAUUUAAUUUACAGAACAUGCCCAUAACUUUGAAGAUGUAUUUUUAUUUUUUUUAAUUGUGAAGCAAACCACAAAUAGGACAAAGUAAUAGAAAAAGUCAAUGUGCAGAACUAUUCACCCCCCUAAAGUCAAUACUUUGUAGAGCCACCUUUUGCGGCAAUCACAGCUCCAAGUCGCUUUGGAUAAGUCUCUAUGAGCUUCCACAUCUUACCACUGGGAUUUUUGCCCAUUCCUCCUUGCAAAACUGCUCCAGCUCCUUCAAGUUGGAUGGUUUGCGCUUGUGAACAGCAAUCUUUAAGUCUGACCACAGAUUUUCUAUUGGAUUGAGCUCUGGGCUUUGACUAGGCCAUUCCAACACAUUUACAUGUUUCCCCUUAAACCACUCAAGUGUUGCUUUAGCAGUGUGUUUGAGGUCAUUGUCUUGCUGGAAGGUGAGCCUCCAUCCUAGCCUCAAAUCAUGCACAGAGUGGUCCAGGUUUUGCUCAAGAAUAUCUCUGUAUUUAGCACCAUCCAUCUUUCCCUCAACUCUGACCAGUUUCCCAGUCCCGGCUGCUGAAAAUGUUUUGCUGUGGGGAUGGUGUUCUUUGGGUGAUGUGAUGUGUUGGGUUUGCGCCAGACAUAGCAUUUUCUUUGAUGGCCGAAAAGUUCAAUUUUAGUCUCAUCAGACCAAAGCACCUUCCUCCAUACAUUUUGGGAGUCUCCCACAUGCCUUUUCGCAAACUCAAAACGUGCCAUUUUGUUUUUUGCUGAAAGUAAUGGCUCUCUUCUGGCCACUCUGCCAUAAAGCCCAACUCUAUGUAGCGUACGGCAUAUCGUCCUUAUUAUGUACAGAUACUCCAGUCUCUGCUGUGGAACUCUGCAGCUUUUCCAGGGUUACCUUAGGUCUCUGUGCUGCCUCUCUGAUUAAUGCCCUCCUAGCCCGCUCCGUGAGUUUUGGUGGGCGGCCGUCUCUUGGCAGGUUUGCUGUUGUGCUAUGUUCUUUCUAUUUUGGUUAUGAUGGAUUUGAUGGUGCUCCUGGGGAUCAUCAAAGAUUUGGAUAUUUUUUUUUAUAACCUAACCCUGACUUGUACUUCUCAACAACAUUGUUCCUUACUUAUUUGGAGAGUUCCUUGGUGUUCAUGGCAGUGUUUGGUUAGUGGUGCCUCUUUCUUAGGUGUUGCAGCCUUUGUGGCCUUUCAAAAAAGGUGCGUAUAUGUUAUGACAGAUCAUGUGACCCUUAGAUUGCACACAGGUGGACAUCAUUUCACUAAUUAUGUGACUUCUGAAGGUAAUAAGUUGCACCAGAGCUUUUUAUGGGCAUCAUAACAAAGGGGAUGAAUACAUACGCACAUGCCAAUUUUCUGUUUCUAUUUCUAAAAAAUAGUUUUAUGUAUAUAUUUUUCUCAUUUCACUUCACCAACUUUGACUAUUGUGUUCUGAUCCAUCACAUAAAAUUCAGAUUAAUAAAACAUUGAAUUUAAGGCCAUAAUGUAACAAAAUAGGUAAAAAGUUGAGGGAUGUGAAUACUUUUUGCAAGGCACUGUAUAGCAAGUGGUAUACACUUGUAGCUGGAGGAAAUGUUUCUGUUCGAUGAUAUUGACAUUUAUGUGUGUAAAAGUAUUCUUGUAUAUUUAGCUGAGAGGAUGUGGUGGAAGUCUAUUGCAAUUACUCAUUGGUCACACAUUCUGUGAAAGAUAUUCAAAGCUGGAAUAACACACUUUUUUUCUGCAAUCUUUUGCAGGUAAUUAAAAACAAUAAACCAGUUAAAAGUAAGCACUGACACUAAGCAAUCUGAAAGUUUUAUUUUCAGACGGCUUUUAAAUUGUUACAGCACCCUUCCUUGUUGGAGCCUGUAAUUAUUUUUCCUAAUAUUAAGAUUUUACAUUAUCACUUAGUCACCACUCCUUUUUUUUCCACCACAUAAAUUUGUAAAAAUAGUAAGUAAACCUUAUCUUAUAGUUUGCCGGUCCUUAGUCUAAUCACAUGCUCCUCAGUGAGGCAUUGUUAAACCUUGUGCACAUAAGUGGCAAUCCAAUGCCUUCUUAUGAGAUGCAUGAAACAUUACAAUGUGUGUGUGUGUGUUUGCGGUUUGAGCGCUGGUGAUCAGUGUGACAGCUCUUCUCUAUACUAAAGCCAGCCCACCAACUUCCAAGGCUUUGUUCAGAAUUGAGUAGGGGAGUAAGGGUGUGACACGGACUAGGACUGUGGACAACACAAAACAUUUUGAAAAAUCAGGUAGGGAGGUUGGGAAAGCUGUACUCGCUCGAUUUUAUGAAUGGAGGGAGGGACAAAAAAAAGCCAUAAACUAACAAACUCAUAUAGGGAGGCAAGGAAGGCUGGGAGGGGACAAAUUUAACAUGAUACAUUUAGUUGUUCAUAAAUAUUGGUAUUUAUAUAGCGCCAUAUAGUUGACUUCUCCUUGCAGGUAUUCUCACAGUGCUACCUGCAAGUGAAGAGAGUGAUUGCAUUAAUCACCAGUGUGCAGUGUGUGCUGACAAUAGAUGUAAUUUUUGCACAGAACUCACAUUAUGCAGUCUGGAACAUAGUUACAGGCUGCCUAAGUAGUGUGCUAGGACUUUAGCUAUACCUCAGCACAAAGGUACAGAUAGCUCUGCAUUGGAAGUGUUUCAAGCUGCAAAUUGCUUGCUCCAUGACCACCACUAAAAGCAGAAGUGGUUGUUAGAGUAACGCUUUAAAUUGACGUUUACAUACAACUUGACAUGUGAUACUUGAGAAAAUGCCAGUGGUUUUCUACUAAGUUAAAGGAAUGGCAAGGCCAGGAAGAGGUUAGCAAAUCUCAAAAUUGAGCCCAGGCAGUUGACCUGGCAUGUAUGUUAUGUUUACCAUUUAUGGAACUGUGCUGGUGUGAGGUAGUGGAAUCACAACACGGCAUGCACACUCUACUUGGGACCAGUAACUUAAAAUAUAAUGUGUAGCAAGUAUUGGAUAUAUUACAGGGAGUAUUACUGAGCUCCCAAUAAUUCAUACAUGGAGGCUGAGAAUAUAGAUUUAAGAUGUAUAUCCGUAAACCUAGGAAAUGACAGUUUUCGAUUAAAAUCAGUAAUUGCACUUUAAAAAAAAAAAAAAGGCAUUUUAACAAUAUGCCAUAUGAAAUUGUGAAAUAAAACAUGAGUCUGCUUUAGAGGUUAUGGUGCGUGGAGUGUUCCUUUAAAGUGCGCUAUCUUAUUUAUGACUGUUUUGACAAGUUACAUGGGAUGUGUUGGGUGCCAGUCACAUCCUCCAUUUAGAGCUGGAAGCUACUGUACAGUUUCCUUUAGCUCUCUUGAGCUAAAUCCUGCAGUGCAGGACCAGCUCAUUUGCUGCGAGUGUCAGCUGAACAUUCUCAGCUCUGCACUGCUUGGCUUGGAUCAAUGCAGAGAACUUCUGGCUCUUAUUGAGGAGAUGAUUGGAGACUUGUGGACUCCAGGUAAGAUGUAAACCCAUUUACAGUUUGACUAUUUAAUGGGGCGCUGAACACUCCUGGCACCAUAACCACUUCAGUGAGAGUUUCUUUAAUUGCAGCUUUAUACUUAAGAAAUCAUUCAGAUAGGGCAGAUAGUCAUCAUAAAUGUGUUGAUUGUAUCCCUUUAUUUCACAGGCAGCUAUAUAACUACUAUUGGAGUGGACUUUAAGAUUCGGACUGUUGAAAUUAAUGGAGAGAAAGUGAAACUUCAAAUCUGGGACACUGCAGGCCAGGAACGAUUUCGAACCAUCACCUCCACGUGAGUAUCUGUUGUGAGGAAAGCAUGCAAAACAAGUAAAUUGCCUGACUUUUAUGUGUAUCUGUACAUUCCAUAAGUUACAUUGCUAUAUAUAUAGCAAUGCGUUGCUAUCUAUGUAUAGAUAGCAACGCAGCUUAUGGAAUGUACAGUGUCAGACCUAAGAGAAAAAUAGCUACUUACAGGUUAACUCAUGACGUGAUGACAUUAACUUAAGCUGCAUACAGGAUGUGGGUUCACAGCAAGUCAACACUUUAACCCCUUAAACACUUAAGGGGUUAAGGACACAUGACGUGUGACAUGUCAUGAUUCCCUUUUAUUCCAGAAGUUUGGUCCUUAAGGGGUUAAACUCACUUCAGUGCCAUUGAUUUUAAACUUAUGUGUUCAGUGUAGCAGAAUGUAGUUUACCAUGGUUCAGAUGUGCUUGCAUACAGAUAUCUGUGGACUGUUGUGAUCACAUUUUUAUUGGUCUUGGUAAACUCCUGUCCGUAUAGAUUGUCCUAAUUAGGGAAUCUGUUAACAUUUACAUUUUUAUUUUAUUGGGUUUUCACAGCACAGUACUUUAUCAGGUAUUUUUUUUUCUUUUUUUGUCUACAAAAUUAAAUUUUUCCCAUAUAUUGUAACUUUUUUUUUUUUAUAUUUGAAAAUUCAGUUGUCAGGCCAUCUCUAUGAACUAACAUAAAAAAUGACUGGAAAAGCAAUACUACACUGGUAUACAAUGCAAAAACACAAGACAGAAUUAGUGAAUAUCUUCAUUCAAAAAUAACAAGCAUAGAAAACAAGAACCCCUAAGUGGACAUAUGUAUUUGAUGCCACUGCUGCUUAUUCAGACUUGCACUUUAAGGAACACCUCCUUGUAAUGCAUGCAUAAAAACAUACAAUGUAUUGUAAUAUUGCUUAUACACCAAUUAUCAUAGAUGCUUAUCAACUCCUCACACUGGUGAGUGCUUUUUCAAUUGUAUUUUUGAGUGUACCUCAUCAAUAGUUUUUCCAUUGUAUAUAAAAAUAAAAAAUUGAACAUAUGCUUGGAGCUAACAAAACAUUAAAUGUACCUAACAACGUUACUACAUGUGGCAUAUUAUUAUUGGCUAUCACAGUGUCUCUGCAGGUAUGAUAACAUGAGGUAACAUGGUGUUUGUUUUGGCCUCUGGGUGAUCGCAUUUAGAAAGAUCUAGGCAUUUAGUGAUAUACGGUUGAGUUGCCGGACCUCACUCUGUACAGGACUGACUCUCUUCAUGUGAGGCGUCUGACAUUGUAUGGACUGUUGAGUGGUCCUGAAGUUGGGGUCUCGAUCUCUUGAUAGAGGUUGCAGUUUCCUUAGUGUGUUCUUGAUUGGUUGCACCACCCCGCAGUUGCCCCUUUCUAUAUGUUCUCUGUCACUGUAUGCUGUCUCUGCAUUCCGCGGGUGCGGUGAAAGACUCCAUGUUUGCAGGAGCGGCUUCGGAUUAUCCGCUGACGUCAACAUUGUGGUCUCGUCUCCAUUGUCUACAAAUAGGGACCAAUCUAUUCCCCAGCGGUAUUUUAUGGGGUGCUCUCUGUCACUUAGCUAUCGGGGCCAGCUUCCUCUUCUCUGUCAGGACUGAGAUUGGGAUGUCUGCAUAUAUAGCAACAGUGUGUCCAUUAUGUUGUAUCGUUCCCAUCUCCCUCGAGCGGUUCAUUGGUGAGUGCAUUUAAGACCAGGUCACAAUUAACAGUGAUGUGUACCCAAUUAUAGUUGGUACCAUCUGAAGUAGUUCAGGAACUGAGACCACCUAUGGUACACAAGACACAUGAAACCUGGCCUUGCUCAUAAAAUAUAUAGGGAAAAAAAACUAGAUGGAAACACCAGCUUCUGUAGACUAUCCCUUGGAUUGUAGUUCUUGUAUAAAUAUAUUUAACUGUGCACUCACUUUUUAUAGUAGAGCAAGCAUGCCACUCCACACACACAUGCAGUGUACACUUAAAGGGACAAUUCAGGCACGAAUACGUUUUGGUGUUUUUUGAAGCAUGCUGCACCAUAAGCCUGCCUUCUCAGUCACACACCUUCAUGCCAGAAAGACUUCCUUAUCAAAGUAUGUACAGUCUCAACACCAACAGCACUGAGUGAGCUGUUUUUAAUUCACAACUUGGCUGUAGACAGGUAGUGAAAUAUUUAUUAUAUUCCUCCCUGAGUGUCCUCUCCUUCUAAUGCAAAUCGUUUUGUUGAUAGAUCAUUCAGUACGGUCAGUGAUUGAUGUAAUAAAUUUGCUUUCUGUGUGUUUUCCUGAUUGAUUGAAAUAAGUAAUUUAUGUCUAUAUACAGUGAGGGGAAAAAAAGUAUUUGACCCCCUGCCGAUUUUGAACAUUUGUCCACUGACAGAAAUGAUCAGUCUAUAAUUUUAAUGGUAGAUGUAUUUUAACAGUGAGAGACAGAAUAGCAAAAAAGAAUCCAGAAAAACUAAUGUAAAAUUUAUAAAUUGAUUUGCAUGUCCAUGAGUGGAAAAAGUAAGAUUUCUGGCCCCCAGGUGUCUUUUACACAGGUAACGAGCUGAGAUUAGGAGCACUUUCUUAAAGGGAGUGCUCCUAAUCUCGGCUCAUUACCUGUGUAAAAGACACCUGUCCACAGAAGCAACUCGCCACCAUGGCCAAGACCAAAGAGCUGUCCAAGGAUGUCAGGGACAAGAUUGUAGACCUACACAAGUCUGGAAUGGGCUACAAGAUCGUCGCCAAGCAACUUGGGGAAAAGGUGACAACAGUUAGUGUGAUUAUUCGCAAAUGGAAGAAACACAAAAUAACUGUGUUCCUCGGUCUGGUGCUCCAUGCAAGAUCUCACCUGGUGAAGUUUCAAUGAUCAUGAGAACGGUGAGGAAUUAGCCCAGAACUACACAGGAGGAUCUUGUUAAUGAUCUGAGGGCAGCUGGGACCAUAGUCACCAAGUCACGCCGUGAGGGACUGAAAUCCUGCAGUGCCCACAAGGUCUCCCUGCUCAAGAAAGCACAUGUACAGGCCUGUCUGAAGUUUGCCAGUAAACAUCUGAAUGAUUCAGAGGAGAUGGGUGAAAGUGUUGUGGUCAGAUGAGACCAAAAUCGUUCUUGUUUUUUUUUUAAAUUUUGGCAUCAAAUCAACUCGCCGUGUUUGGAGGAGGAAUGCUGCCUAUGACCCUAAGAACACCAUUCCCACCAUCAAACAUUGAGGUGGAAACAUUAUGCUUUGGGGGUGUUUUUCUGUUAAGGGGACAGGACAACUGCAACGCAUAAAAGGGACAAUGGACGGGGCCAUGUACCGCCAAAUCUUAGGUGAGAACCUCCUUCGCUCAGCCAGGGCAUUGAAAAUGGGUCGUGGAUGGGUAUUUCAGCAUGACAAUGACCCAAAACACACAGCCAAGGCAACAAAGUAGUGGCUCAAGAAAAAGCACAUUAAGGUCCUGGAGUGGCCUAGCCAUUCUCCAGACCAUAAUCCCAUAGAAAAUCUGUGGUGGAAGCUGAAGGUCCGAUUUGCCAAAUGUCAGCCUUGAAACCUUAAUGAAUUGGAGAGGAUCUGCAAAGAGGAGUGGGACAAAAUCCCUUCUGAGAUGUGUGCAAACCUGGUGGUCAACUACAAGAAACGUCUGACCUCUGUGAUUGCCAACAAGGGUUUUGCCACCAAGUACUAAGUUGAAGGGGUCAAAUACUUAUUUCCCUCAUUGACAUGCAAAUCAAUUUAAAACCUUUUUGACAUGCGUUUUUCUGGAUUUUUUUUUUUUCUUAUUCUGUCUCACUGUUAAAAUACACCUACCAUUAAAAUUAUAGACUGAUAAUUUCUUUGUCAGUGGGCAAACGUUCAAAAUCAGCAGGGGAUCAAAUACUUUUUUCCCCUCACUGUAUCUUCUUCUGUUAAAAGUUCGCCAGGUUAAUACAUGUCAAUGGUAACCAGAAGUACUAAUAUGCAAUCUGACUUAUGGUUUCUUCAGGUUUAUUCCACAUAUGAGCUGUGAUAAGCAAGUCUUUUUCUGGAGGAAGGGGUUGUGGCUAAAGGGUCAGACUUAUGGUGGAGCAUUCCUCAAAACAUUUAUUGGUGCUCAGUCUCCCUUUAAACGUGAUUCUAUUUUGUUUUACCUGAUAUUUAACAAGACAAUAGUGGAAAAGAAAUACACCUUUUUUUCAAAAUAAAGAAUAUUGCCACCUUGCUUAAAGGGACACUAUAGUCACCAGAACAACUACAGCUUAUUGAAUUUGUUCUGGUGAAUAGAAUCAUUACCUUCAGGCCUUUUGCUGUAAACACUGUCUUUUCAGAGAAAAUGCAUUGUUUACAUUACAGCCUAGUGAUAACUUCACUGGUCACUCCUAAGAUGGCUAUUAGAGAUCCUUCCUGGGUCAUGGCUGCCUAAAAUGCAUCCAAACAUUCAGUAUCUCCUCCCUCUGCAUGCAGACACUGAACUUUCCUCAUAGAGAUUCAUUGAUUCAAUUCAUCUCUAUGAGGGAAUGCUGAUUGGCCAGGGCUGUGUUUGAAUCAUGCUGGCCCUGCCUCUUUGUCAGUCUCAGCCAAUCCUAUGGGGAAGCAUUGUGAUUGGAUCAGGCCACCACCUCUGAUGUCAGCAGACUGCUCUUUUUUAGGCAAACUGCAUGCAGAGCUAUAGCUUCUGGCUUGAAUACAGUAAGAUUUUGCUAUAUUUAUGGAGGCAUGAGGGGCCCAGGGGGGCUAGAUGGUGGUAUUAACACUACAGGGUCAGGAAUACAUGUUUGUGUUCCUGACCCAAUAGUGAUCCUUUAAGAAACGGUGAGAAAUCAGUUUUUGUGCUGGAUUUCAGUCAUGUGUUUUAAAAUCUGCAACAAAUAAGAAGCAUUGGUAUCAUAGGCAUGUUUCCACUUAGGGUUUUUUAAAAUUUAUUAUUUCUAUUUUUUUAUUUAAGAGAGGCAGACAUGUAGAAAUACAGUGUACAAAAAGACACAGCAUAACAUGUCAUAUUAACUAUGUAUCAUAAAGAAGAGUAAUAUUAUGCUAACAAUGAAUGGAUUAAUUUUCAUUACUGUGUCUAUUAUUGACAUUAUGUACCUGUUUUAUCAAGAUCAGUGUCCUGCUCUCAUAAUUGUUAAUGAACAGAGGUAGAGCGAGAAAUAAGUCCUAAUAAAAGGAAGAAAAGGAGGGGAGAAAAGAGGAGGGUACCACUGUGUGCAAUUUACCCAGAGACUACGUUAUAACUAUUUAAAAAACAAAACAAAACAAACUGGAGUUAAAUUCUUUUUUGGGAUCCAUUACCGCAUUGUCUUAGAUUUUUGUAAUAACAUGUAAUGUCGGGACGUCUGUUUUUAGCCAUCCGGCUGCAAGGACCCUAUGGGCCGCUAGUGUAAUUAAAUUCAAACGUUUUUAAUUAUGUUUUGGAAUUGCCUCCCUUAGACAAGAGGGAGGUCCAAGAAGAGAGAUCAGUUGCUCUCUGUAAGACCUCUGUUACCUGAUCCCUUAUGCUCGUCCAGAAGCCAUGUAAUUUUAGGAAAUCCCACCACAUGUGUAGGUAUUUGGUUUUGUGACCACAAAGGCGCCAGCAGAGGUAUCUUGGAUUUUUACCUCUUCUAUGUACCCAAACUGGGGCAAUCUGAAUGGAAUUUGAACCCCUUAAGGACCAAACUUCUGGAAUUAAUUGGAAUCAUGACAUGUAACACAUGUCCUUAAGGGGUUAAACAUCUGUUCUUGAGAUAAGACACAGAUUUUUGCAGCUAUUUCUUCCCACACUCUCCCUUCUAGAGUCUGGCCCAAAUCUGUUUCCCAUUCGUUCAUAUAUCUUAGUGGUCCCCAUACUGAGGGUUCUUUGCUUAGAUGUGUAUGUAGGAGGGAGAUCCUUUUUGUAUUUUCCUUAGUUGCAUCACAAUUCAAGGAAUGUGGAAAGUGAUAUUGCUACUACUUUUAUAUAUGUAGAUUGCGCAAAAUCACUUAUCUGGAGGUAGUGGAAGAAGUCACUAGUCGUUAGAUGUGUGAUCUGUCUCAAGUUUUCAAAUUCUAUAAUUUUUUCUUUCUGGCCACAGAAGGAUAUAUCUUAGGAUACCUGCCUCAUCAAGAUGUCUAAGGUCAAAUGGUCUCAUGCCCGAGGUAAAAAGUUUGUUGCAGAAGAUUUGGGUCAUUGGAGAUGGAAAAUGUGCUAGCUCAAAUUUGGUUCUCAACCCCAUCACUGAUAUAUAAGGAAUUCAGGGUGGAAGGGCAAGAUAUGUGUAAAGGGGUUCUUAAGGGCUUUUCCAGUCUCAAAUAAAACAAAGGUAGACUGGAUUCCAUGAGGUCUGUCUUCCAUUUUACCCAAUGUUUGUAUCCUGUAGGGUUAUGCCACAUUAUGAUUUGGGAUAGUUGUGCAGCAUAAUAGUAUAUGAUAAGACCCAAACCGCCCUAAUUUCUUGGUGUUUAGAGAAGGUUUCUAGCUAGUCUAUGGAGUUUGUUCAUCCAUAUGAACUAGUCUAUUGCUCUUUGUAAUCUAUAUAAAUGCCCUUUGUUGACCUUAAUAGGUCAUUCUUGAAAUAGAAGUCUGGGUAGAAUGUUUGUUUAUUUUACAGUGUAUCCUUCCUAUCCAGGCUAUGGGUUUAGUCUACCAUGUCUACCAUGUCUACCAUGCCUUUUUUUGUGUGUCAAUAAGGGGUAUGUAGUUAUUUGAAAAACAGGAUAAAGUGAGAUCUCACUCGAAUCCCUAGAUAUUGGAAGAAUCGUCCAAAAGAAAUAACAAACUCUGCCUGGUUUCAUCACUUCUGGUAUAUGGAAGGGUAUUGCGCAUGGUUUGGAAUCAUUUAUCUUCUCUCCGGAUAUGGCUCCAAAAUGUUCUUAACCCCUUAAGGACACAUGACAUGUCAGUUUUGCUUGCAUUUUCGCCAAAAUUUUGGUAUCUACAUUUAUUAAUGAGAUGGAUCUAUAAUUUCCCACAGAAGUUGGGUCAGUAUCCUUUUUAAUAAUGUUAGCUAUGUUUAUAUCUAUGGGAAAAAUCUCAGAUUGACUGGCCUGAUUAAAUAUCACUAAUAGAUGAGGUGACCAUAUUUCCAUAUCUUACCAUAAUUGCCACUAAAUUCGUCCAGUCCAGGACCGUGUUAAUUUGGCGGCAUAUUUCAAUUUUGUUUUAGUCAGUCUUUUGACUAAAAAAACAAAAACAUUUUCAUUUUAGUCAUCUGAAUUCUUUUAGUGUUUGAUCUCAAAAAUUUUAGUCGGCAAAAUUAACACUGGUCCAGGAGUCUUUCCUUUCCUAUAUAAGAUAUAGAGAUAGAUAGAUAUAUAUAAUUUUUUAUUUAUUUAUUUAUUUUUAUUUAAAAACCAAAAACAUGGCAGAUCAGUUUUAAGGGUAAUUUAGGCAGAGCGUACUUUUUAAAAAAUUAAAAACUUAUCUUUUACCCUUUGUUUCUUGGUAUGUAGACUAAAACGGCUUUAACUACUACAACCUCGUUUUAGUAUAGUUCAUAGUGUGAUAUAUUUUCAUUUAGUCUGUACCAGGCACCCAUGCUCAACUAAGCAUUUGUUUAAUCACCUCUCUAGUUUUUUUUUUUUCCAUCUCCCCAUCAUCUUGUGUUUUAGACUACCUCUCUCUCAAAACUUUAUGGGCAUAUAUCUGCGCCAUAUGAUUUUGUUAUCCGUUCCUACUGAGAACACAAUUCUUGCUAGAAUGGUAUAUUCCAUAAUAUCAAAAAUCGAGAAAACAUUUUUGUGGGUGCUCAUAUAGUAAAAAUCUGUAGAGGGAUAUUCCUGUCUAGCGUGGUGUUGGUGACAUAGCCAGGCUAAGCUUUCCAACCUCUUGGAUGAUGCCAUACAAAGAAAUGUUGAAGUUUAGGCAUUGUUUAUUGAUGUUCUUAUUCUGCGUUAUUUUAUUUUAAUAUAUUAUGUCUGAUUGUAACAAUCCUUUCUAAUGUGUGUACAGCUGUCCAUGAGUGGUUCACUGGCUUUGCAUCUUUUCCUAAGUUGUGUUUCAAAGCUGUUGUAUGAAGCAAACACAAACUCAAAGGAAUCUAUGUUUAAAAUGGAAUGAGGCAAAAAUGUGAGUCAUUGUUAAGCUAAUUUGCAUAUGCCCACCCAGAAUCCUUUGCAGUAGUAAUAUCACAGCAAAUUUGUGAUUUGUUUUAUUUUUUUCGGGGAAAAGCAAGUCUGGUGUGCAGAUCUUUUAUAACAUUGGAGUGUGUGUGUGUAUAUGUAUAUAUAUGUAUAUGUGAAUGUGUAUGUGUGUGUGUAUAUAUGUAUAUAUAUGUGCGUGUGUGUGUGUGUGUGUGUGUAUAUAUAUAUAUAUAUAUAUAUAUAUAUAUAUAUAUAUAUAUAUAUAUAUAUAUAUAUAUAUAUAUAUAUAUAUAUAUAAUAUAUAUAUAUAUAUAGUGUGUGUGUAUAUGUCCUUGCACUCACGCUUUAAAUUGUAGUUGUCGAGUGCUUGAAAUCCAGGGAAUAAAUAUAUUCAUACAGGGUAGUGAUCAGUUCUCACUGUCUUUUAGUAGUUAAAAAUCUUCAAACUUUAUUAUAAAUCCAUUAAAAAUACGAUCGUUUCAGUCCCUAUGUGGGAGUUUCAUCAGGAGAUCAAUCUAUCUAUAUUCAUAUUCAGGUGUGGGACUUUAUAAUAUUAGACAGGUGUGUGUGUGUGUGUAGAGAGAGAGAGAGUAUGGAGCUGUAAAACACUUAUGUACGUUAAAAAUACAUUAAAACUUGUCUCUUAUUUCUUGCAGAUAUUACAGAGGGACACAUGGUGUUAUUGUUGUUUAUGAUGUAACCAGUGCAGAAUCUUUUGUCAAUGUCAAAAGAUGGUUACAUGAAAUCAAUCAGAAUUGCGAUGAUGUAUGUCGGAUAUUAGGUGAGUUAUCAUGCCCAAUAUGUUCACAUAUGAAUAUAGUAAUGAGUGCUAUGAAGUGUCCUCAACUUCCUUUCUACUCCUCUAUUUUUCACCAGUGGGCAAUAAGAAUGAUGACCCUGACCGGAAAGUGGUGGAGACUGAAGAUGCUUUCAAGUUUGCUGGACAAAUGGAUAUACAGCUUUUUGAGACUAGUGCCAAAGAAAACUUAAAUGUUGAAGAGGUAUAAAUGUUGUCCGUCUUGAACUUAUAUUUCCAAAUUGGAUGCAGUAUUACUAAAUCAUGUGAUUCCAUUCAUUUGGCAGGUACUAUCAACACUGCCUCAAAAUAAUAAUGUAUCUAUUAUACCCAGAUAUUGUCUUCAUCUCUUUUAGAAGAAUUUUCCUAGCUGGUCAUUCUUCUUUUGCUGCUUGACAGUGUUUCUGUAUGUGAAUGGAAAGCUAUGGUGCCUUCUCAUGUAGGGGGGAUGCAUUUUACGAUUGUUUCUUCCUUUUUCUAUACAUUAAUGUGACAUCAGGGGGUUUCAGUAUUGCCUCCGGUAAACUUCUACACACUGAGCACCAACACAACUUAAGUUUGAUAGGUUAUCCUCAUUCUCAGAGUUCAAAUAUAUGAAAUUUUGCAUAUUUAAAAAAAAUAAAUAAAAACUAAGCUUUCUGCUACAUAACCCUUCACCACUACUUUUUUUUUGUUGCAAAAUGUCUUCCUGACUCAGUUCAGCCAGGGAGAGAACAUUGUCUCAAUCAACCUCUUUUAAAACUUUGGCUUCUUCUCUGGAGAGAGCUUCCCGCUCUUUAUCUAAGCUAAGACAUUGCUCUCAGCCCAAGAGCUAACCAAUUGCAGGGCUUAGCUAAAGAGAGCUAGUAUAAGCAUCUCUUUCCCAAAUUUCUAUUCUGAUUAGCUGUAAAAUGUUCUCUGAAGUGGGAUUCAUGGAUACUGUAGAUAAUCUAUGGAAAAUUAAGAAAAUAUUAUUUCCCAUAGCAAUUAUUCACAAUCUAUUCAAUAUGCAAUAUAUUUGUUUGUAGAAAUGAAAACCUCUCCAAAAUGAAGUCCACGGUCAAGUUAUCUGCUGGUCUAAUUUAAUUUGUUUCUUUAUUUUUUUCCAGAUGUUUAACUGCAUUACAGAGCUAGUCCUGAAAGCUAAGAAAGAGAACUUGGCAAAGCAGCAGCAGCAGCAACAGAAUGAUGUGGUGAAAUUAACCAAAAACAGUAAACGGAAGAAGAGGUGCUGCUAGGUGCAGGCACAGCACAGAGCCUGCUCUCAAUCCGAACAUUCGCUCCUGGGAUGAAGAGUACCUGUGCCACGGGCAGUCCCUAUCUUUCAGGGGUUGGGGCAUUUUCUCAAUUUUGUGCUGUUAAUUUAAGAAUUUACUCCAGAUUUUCUGUUGAGAGGCGCAGGCACCUUUUUAUUGCUGUGCCAAGAAGGUGUUGUGGAUUCUUGUCGGCCCCUUGUCCAGAGCGUCUGCUAGGAAAGGACAAUUGCAGUGCCUACAUUAUGGACUGAUUAACAAGAGUCUGUACAUACUGUAUAUUGCGUUAACCAUCCUCUCCUCCCUCAUCGCUUUUGGCUUCUUAUCGCCAAUCUGUCAUGAUGCGUGAAUAUGAACUGAUCCACUUUUUAAAGAUUUAUUAGUACAGAUGGCGUCUUAACCUUGGCUUGCGCCUGGUUUCUGUCCUUGCCGUUAGGGUAAGAUUUACUAGGCCUUGCUGUUAAUUUGCUUUUCUGCUGUUUAGUUUAUGUCAAUAUUUAAAACCAUGCUAUAGAAAAGUGACCAUUACAUUGACCAGGGCAGGAUAUAAGACUACAACAAUUUUUUUUGGUAGUUUUUAAUGGAUUUAUUCUGAACUGUUAUCACUUGUUUUGAUCUGUCUAAAAAAAAAAAACAAAAAAAAAAAACAGAAAAAAAAACCACAAAACAAAAAAAAUUGUGAAUUUAAGAAACAAAAUUAUGAAAACAAUCUGCCAAAUUUUUUUGUACCAUCUUGUUCAUAAAUAGGAACAAAUGAUAAUAAAAAUGUGAACUAUGGGUCCUAAAUUAAGACAUUUUGAGUUUACAUUCCUAAAUUUUUAAAGUUUUGGGGGUGGUAGGGAUUUUAUUCUGUGGUGUGAAAACUCAGUGAUAUGUUUUAGGUAAGUCAAGUCGUGGAGAAAACAUUCGUAUUUGUCAGAGCAAAAAGUUCAAUAGAAAUCUGUGCAAAUGCUUCAUAUACAUACUGAGUAGCCACACUGCCUCAAGAAAAAAGGGCUUGUAUUUUGUGCUGCUGUGUUGGGGAGGGGCGGGAGUAUGGUGUUUUUUGUUUUUUUGUUUGUUUUUUACUGUCGUGUGAACAGAAACCUAAAAGGUAAGUACAAAGUGGAACAUAAAAAGUCAUAAAUAUUUUAUUCCAGAGGAUUUACAUUAAAAAGAGCAUAAUUUGUACUAAAAAUAUGACUUUCUCUGUAUAUCUGUAUAUAUUAUAAAAGACUGUUUCGUUAUUCCAUUAUAAAAAUUCUGCUUCUUCUAUAUACAUAUAUAGAGUGUUUCUCAGUAGUUGGGCUGUAAGAAACAGGCUGUGACGGUUCCUGUGCUGUGCUCUGUCUGGAAGACCAGAGGUAGGAAGUCUGUUCAUUGGAAUGAAAGCAGCCCAGGACUUCUAUACAUUUUCUACAACAAAUAAAACAACUGUGUAGUGGAUAGAAACGGAUUGCUCUAAAAGUGCAAAAUAUUUCAUCGUGAAACCCCCUGAAGAAAGCAUGAAGUUCUCUCUCCCUAUUCAAAACACCUUUUAACCCUGUGAGUACUAGAGCACUGUGCAAAACAUUAUAUAGACCAAUGGCAGUUAAACAGUUAACCUGUAAGUGCUAGAAAGAUGGAAAAUGUAUAUCCAUCUGGCACACAGGGGUUAGAAAUUAACCAGAAUAAAAAUUAAAAAAAAAAAAUACAAAGUAACAUCUAUUGAAAAAAAAAUCUAUAAUAUUGUGUGGUGUUUUUUUUUUUCCUUUUCUCUAUUAACUGCCAUUUACUAGAAGUCUUUUUACACCUCUUGAUUUCAGAGUUUGUUAGAAGUACAUCUGUCUGUAGAUCACACACAAAUGGCCUUUAUAUGUUGUGAAUACAGUGAUUGCCCAUUUCAGUAAGAGACCUUCCAGGUUUAUGUCAUUAUUGAAGAUCAUUUCUUUAGUAUACAGCUGUCUUCCUGCAUGUCAUUGCUUUUCAUUAUGUCAUUAAUCCUAAAGCAAUUUUACAUUGAAGGGAGUUGUGGAAAGUUUAAAACUAGCACUUGGUUUUCUUUAGAAAUGAGAAGAGACUCCUCCCUUCUGUUCCAAUAGGCUCUUCUCCUGACCGCUCUGAACGGUUUAGAGUGGUUACUUUGCCACAGUGCUUAACUGGUUGGCCACUGGUGAAGGAAUAUACAGACUGGUUCCAUUCCUUCUGGUGUUUGUCCAUCAAUUGCUGGUCAAUGACUCUGUGCAUGUCAUCCUGUGAAGAAGGAAAGAAAAAGGGGGGGGGGAGGUUAGGUGGACUGUUGAGGUUGUUGUGUGUUUUUUUACUUGUCCCUAUUCCUUAUAAUUUAACCACAUAGAACACACAACCCCCUUCCUCUCUCGAUACUAUUAGAUAAAUCCUCCCCCAAUAAUGUUGGCUACACUUUAGCUCUGAUCCUAGUACAGAGGUCCUUGCAUUAUUUAUUUACAUGUACACCCAUAUAAUCCUACAUACCUUCACAGGUUGAUAAACUACUUCUGUGAUCAUCUGGUAGCAUCAUUAACAGGGUUUCCGUUCUGACUUUAAAGCAUUACAUUGCACAAUAAAGGUAUUAAAGAAUACUUGGGGUGUGCAGAUGGCUGUCCUUAAGAUAUUUGCAAAUGUUUUAAGAAAUUCAGCAACUGUUUUUUUUAGUAACUGGCAAUUAAGUACUGGGAUCAAAGCAAAUAGUAAUCAAGUGGGCUACUUAAUUUUGCUUCCAUGCUUAAUGGUCUUUGCCCUCUGAAAUCAUUAGAACCUUAUUGGCUUGGUUGAAAUGCAACUUGUUCUGCUAUAGACCAAAUUUCCAGCUCUGUGAUGGCAAGCGUACAAGGCACUUCGAUGCCACAAUAUGUCUUCAGCUGAUGUACGCUGCUGACCCAGUGUCCUUAUUGGCAUGAUCAGGCUAUUUCUGGAUACCUCCCACACGGAGCAGUCUAGCAACGCCUCAUCUGUUGAUGGCAUGUGACAGCUUUGAGUGUGGGAUUAUAGUGUAGUUGGUCCAUUAGACAUCAGCUGUACUUGUUACACAUCAGGGUCAGCCAAUGUAGUUGUCCAACAAUGGAUCAUGAUUAGAUCCUAAGCACUGUGUUCGCUAUGGGAGACAGACUUGUCAUAUCUGUUAUGUCUAUAUUUAGGAAUUUCCUACUCCCCGACCCCCUCCCUUUUUUGUACAAAUACGGCAUACCGGGUGGGUCAACUAAC